AUGGCGUCCUCCACCUGGUCGUGGCCAGACGAUGUCCCGACAGCACCGCCUGAGAGCCACGCGCAUGAUGUCCCUCGUGCCGAUCCAGCCGAAAGCGCUUCCGCAGGCCAUGGUGAAGGGAACACAGCGCACAGCGAAGCGAACGCAGCUGAGCCCGAGACUCGGCCCAAUCCUGACCAGAAACACUACAAACCUCGAACUUGCAGAAUUUGCCUAGAAGUCGUUGAACCGACGUUCGAGCUGCCGGUGGAAGGACCAGCGUCCUUUCUGCGGCCCAAACCCCGCGUGACCUACAACUCCGAGGACCCCGAAUCGGGCCGUCUGAUAUCUCCCUGCAAAUGCAAAGGCACCCAGAGGUAUGUGCACGAGGGCUGCCUGCAGGCAUGGCGACAAGCGUCUCCUCUCUCGGAUCGCAACUUCUGGAAGUGUCCUACGUGCGGGUUCGAGUACAGGAUGGACCGCCUCAAAUGGGCAGGAUGGAUCUCGAACCGCCUGACGCGAGCUCUCGCGACCUUUCUCGUCUUCACUCUCUCGGUCUGGGUCUUGGGCUUCGUGGCGGAUCCGAUUCUCAACUUGUGGUUGGAUCCCCUGGGGACUGUGGCCGGGACCGUCAUCGAUGUCGUGGGCGACGAUGAGCUACACGAGAUCUUCGCUAUGCAAGAAGAGUUGCCGGGAGGCUGGUGGGAACACUUUAUGAAGGGGUUCUUCUCCCUCGGAAUCCUGGGUUUUGUGAAGACAAUCAUUGCUGCCGGGCCGUGGUACUGGUUCAACUUUCGAACUGGUGGUGGAUUAGGUGGCCGUCAACGUGGCGGUGGUCGCGAGAGGUUGGAGAACAUCAACUGGGUCCUCAUCGUGAUAGGUGUUUUCACCUUUCUCGGACUUGUAUGGAAAGCGGUGGGUGCCGUAAGCGGCCGGUUUCUGGAGCAAGCCAGCGAGCGUGUCAUGGAUGUACAGGGCGAUGACGACGACGAAGAUGACGAUGAAAGCCACGAAACGACUACAGAAGGUCGGAUGGGCGGUGCAACGGAUGACACCACUGCCCCGGAGUCUAGGAAGGACAAAUAA